AUGGAACGAAUCAAGUCAAUACUGGACCGCAUCGUGCACUCGCGAUUCAAUUGCUUCACACACAGGCCGACGAAUCCGGCGCCGACCACCUCCCUGCCCAUCUCCAAAUCACCCGUCUCCUCGUCCUCCGGCAGCGAGUCUCUCCCAAGACCAAAGACGACUCUGAUCAUCGCUCAUGGAGCCUUUCAAUCUCAACUGCACUACCAAACAUAUAUCGACGCCAUCCGCUCAAGCACAACCAUCGAUCAUGUCCUCAUCCCAGCACAAACCGCUGCUGGCCCAGAUCCACCGGCCGACUGCUUCGUCCGCGACGUCUUUACCUUGCGGACUGCCAUCCUCGACGAACUUUCCUCCGGCCACAAUGUCCUACUCAUGGCGCACUCCUACGGCGGCAUUCCAUGCUGCGAAGCCCUCGUCGACCUCACCUCGGAAAUCCGCGCGAUCUCACGAGACGGCACUCCACCCGGCCGCAUCCUCGGCAUCGUCUUUGUCUCCGCAUUCGUCGUCGACCAAGGUCAAAGUCUCGUCCACUGCCACCACUUUGGUCGCGCCGCGUGGGUGGGAGGUAACGGCCCUCUAUGCUUCGUCAUCGACCCACUCCCAAAUCUCUACAAUCUCCUCCUUUCCAACGACACGCCUCUAGCAACCCGCCUCACCUCGAAUCUCAUGCCUCAAUCUUCAGCCAGUUUCGUCGCACCACUCACGCGUGCGACCUGGAAGGAGUACCCCUGCGUUUACAUCCGCUGUACGAAGGACCAAGCCAUGACGAACAAUAUGCAGGAUUUCUUCAUUGAGAGGCUGAGAGCAGGGAAGAAGGGAGGGAGUGCGGUAACGGUCAAGGAACUGGAGGCGGAUCACAUGCCGUUUGCGAGUGUGCCGGUGGCGCUGGCGAAGAUGACGGAAGGAAUUGUUGACGAGUUGAAGAAAGGUGUGUGA